AUGGCUAAUAAAAUAAAAAACGAAUUUGUUGCGUACAGUGAACCAGCCAUUAGAACCAAUCUGUCGAUUGUCGAAUACUGCAGAACAUCUGUAGCAGCAGUGUCCGGUUGCACUGCAGGUGUUCUUGGUUUAACCGGUCUGUACGGCGCAUUGUUUUUCGUACUGGCAGUUACAACCUUUUGGUUUAUGUUGAUAUUCAAAGCGGGCAUCGAUUCUUGGAAAAAGUACUUCAUUUCGAGGAAAUCGCUCCUGUUGAACGGAAUUUUCGGACAUUUCUUCACGUACAUUCUGUGUUGGACGUUCAUUUACGGCAUGGUCCACGUUUAUUAA